AAACAACUCUAAUAGGUGAGUGACUAACUCUGUCUUUAAAACCCCCAAUUCCCACAGCCCACGCACUCAUCUGAUGACUUUUAUUACCAAGGUACCAACUUUCCCUGCAACCUCUUUAUAACACCCUUUUCUGUUUUCCAUGAAUUCAUUUAAAUCCCUAACCCAAAGUAAAGAGUCAAAAUCAAAUCAAAUCUUCAUAAAUUGUAAAUUAGAAACUCCCAGAUUCAGAAGUUUACUCGUUUACCUCUGAAAUGGCGUCCGGUUUGUUACCAUUUCGGCCACUGACAAUCGUUAGAGCUAGUAUCAGCGCCGAUGACCGGAAACCUGAAGCUAAAAAAUCUUCAUCGUACCACUGGUGGGCUCCGCUGUUCGGAGUUUCGUCGGAGCCGGACUAUUUACAGUCUGACUAUAAGAAGAGCAACCCGGAUCCGAUAGAAGCGAGGUCCCGGUUCACUCCGGGAUCUUUCACGGAGGAAAAGGCAAAGCAGCUCCGGAGGAUGACAACUAAUACGUCGUCGCAUGAUAUGUAUCACUCCGCCAUUGCAUCAAGGCUCGCCUCCGAUUUCGCUGAUCGGCGUACUACGUGAGUGAUGUGUUUUUUAUUAAAUAAUUUGUAUAAAUAUUUAAAAAUUGUUAGAAGGCGAUGUGAUGAUGUGGAUCUGAUCCGUAAGCUUGUAAUAUCUUAAUCAAUAGGAUUGUAUAAUUAGAUCAAUACUUUAUCCGAAUUAUUAAUGUAAUGGAAUGCAUAUGUGGCAUUUUUCUA